AUGUCGGCGAGACUGAAACUGAUCGAAGUGGAAAAUUUCAAGUCCUACAAGGGCCACAAAGUCAUCGGGCCUUUGAAACCGUUUCAAGCGGUUAUCGGCCCCAAUGGUUCAGGCAAAUCGAACUUUAUGGACGCCAUUAGUUUCGUUAUGGGGGAAAAAACGCAGUGUUUGAGAGUGAAAAGGCUGAGCGAUUUGAUACACGGAGCUUCAAUUAGUAGACCUAUUUCUAGAAGUGCUUCGGUUACUGCGAUAUUCAUCAUCGAUGAUGGCAGAGAAGUCUCCUUCCAGCGAUCCGUACAAGGUUCAUCAUCAGAAUACAGAAUUAACGGCAACAUCGUCAGUUCGGCCGAAUAUCUAGCCGAGUUAGAAAAACUAAAGAUCAACGUAAAAGCCAAGAAUUUCUUGGUAUUCCAAGGAGCUGUAGAAUCCAUUGCCAUGAAAAAUCCCAAAGAAAUGACUUCUCUGUUUGAAGAGAUCAGUGGCUCUGGUGCUUUGAAAGAAGAAUUCAACAAGCUCUACAACGAUAUGCAAAAAGCCCAAGAAGAACUCAAUUUGGCCUAUCAGAAAAAGAAAGGCAUCAAUGCCGAAAAGAAAGAGGCCAGAAUGGAGAAGGAAGAGGCCGAAAAAUACGCGCGUUUAAAAGACGAAUUGAACGACAAACAAGUGGAGUAUGAGCUGUUCAAUCUCUACCACAAAGAACGCGAAAUGAAGAACCUCGAGCAAGACAUCAAAUCGAAGCAAAAGGAGCUCGACAAGAUCGAAAAGAAGAAGGAAAAAUUCGAGGAGACUGUUAAAGAGAACAAAAAGGAGCUCGGCCGAUGCAAUCGAGAAUUGGCCAAAUACGAGCAGGACAUUCGCGAGUCCGAAGCGGAGAUAUCGAAGAAACGGCCCCAAUUCAUCAAAGCCAAGGAGCGGGUGUCCCAUAUGCAAAAGAAACUGGAGAGUUCCAUUAAGAAUUUGGAGCAGGCCAAGAAGGCCAACGAGGCCCACAUGAACGACAUUGAGAAAUUGGAGAAGGAACUCCAGUUGGUUGAGAAGAAGAAGGAGGAAUACGAGGCUCAGAUCACGGGGGAGUCCCAGAGUCAAGGGAAAGACGUACAAUUGGAAGAUGAACAAAUCAGGACGUACCGUCGUUUGAAAGAAGACGCGGCAAAGAGAUCGGCCAGAUACAUGCAGGAAUUGGAUUCGGUAAACAGGGAACAGAAGGCAGAUCAGGAUCGCUCUGACAACGUGUGUCGAAUGAGAACGGACGCGGAGAAUCAGCAAAGGCAAAAGAUCAACGAGAAGGAGGAGCUGCAAAAGAGAUUGGAGAAAUUGACGGAGCACAUAAGGGUGAGCCAGCAGACGUUGCAAGAACAGAAGAAACUGAAGCAGGAUUUGGAAUCGGACGUGGGUUUUUCGAAAGGGAAAAUGCACGAGAUCCAGAAGGAAUUGGAGGACGUCGUGAGGCAAUUGGGAGACGCCAGGACCGAUAAACACGAGGACGCCAGACGAAAGAAGAAACAGGAAAUCGUCGAAAGAUUUAAGAGCAAUUAUCCGGGAGUGUACGAUCGAAUGAUCAACAUGUGUCAUCCGAUACACAAGCGUUACAACGUUGCCAUCACUAAAACGCUAGGAAAAUACAUGGACGCCAUUGUUGUGGAUACCGAACAUACGGGCAGGCAAUGCAUUAAAUAUCUCAAAGAGCAAAUGCUCGAACCCGAAACCUUCCUGCCGUUGGAUUAUCUUCAAACCAAGCCUAUCAAAGAGAUGCUGAGGAGUAUCACCGAACCGAAAGGCGUGAAAUUGAUCUACGACGUGUUGCAAUUCGAACCGGCCGCCAUAGCAAAAGCGGUGAUGUUUGCUACGAACAAUGCAUUGGUAUGCGAAACGCCCGAAGACGCGAUGAAAGUGGCAUACGAAUUGAGAGGGAGACUCGACGCUGUCGCUUUGGACGGUACUUACUAUCAGAAAUCCGGUAUUAUAUCUGGCGGUAGCUUGGAUUUGGCCAGGAAGGCCAAGAGAUGGGACGAGAAGCACAUGGCCCAGUUGAAAGCCCAGAAGGAAAAAUUAACUGACGAGCUGAGAGAAUCGCAGAAGAAGGCCCGUCAAGAAUCCGAAUUGAACACGGUCGAAUCGCAAAUAAAAGGCACGGAAACGCGUCUGAGAAUGGCCAAAACCGACAUGGACAGUACCACCAAACAAUUGGACAUGCUAGAAAGGCAACUGACCCAAUUGGACGAAGAAAUGAGCAAAUACAGUCCGCAAAUCGAAGCGAUCGAGAGCAGCAUGCAAUCGCGCGAAGCCAUUAUCGGAGAAAUCAAAUUGAAAAUGAACAGUUUGGAAGACGUGAUUUUCUCGGAUUUCUGCAAGGAGAUCGGCGUGAAGAAUAUCAGACAGUACGAGGACAGGGACCUGAGGGAGCAGGAGGAGCGCAAGAAGAAACGCUUCGAAUUCGAGAAGCAAAUCAACAAGAUCACCAGCAAUUUGGAUUUCGAACGUAGCAGAGAUACGCAAAGCAACGUGAGCCGUUGGGAGCGCACCGUCAACGACGACGAAGAAAAGCUGGAAACGUGCAAGAAACAGGAGGCGAAGCAACGCGAAGAAAUCGACAAGGACCUGCAGCAGAUCGAGCACCUGAAAUCGCUGCGUUUGGGCAAGAAGCAGGAGGUCGAAGCGGCCGAAGAGGAGCUGAGCAAAGCCAGGCGCGAAGUGGGCGUCGUCGCCAAAGACAUGCAGGCCGCCCAAAAGGCCGUCGUAUCGUUGGAGGGGAAGAUCGAAUUGAAGAAGAGCGAACGGCACGCCAUUCUCAUGCGAUGCAAGAUGGGUGACGUAUCGAUACCGAUGCUCAUCGGGAAUAUGGAAGAUAUCGCAGCCGAUGAAACGACCCAAACUACAUCGAGCGAUGUCAGUUCUCUUACGGCACAAUACGAAAAAGAAGCCAGAAUCCAAAUCGACUACGAAAAUCUCAAAGAAGACCUGAAAGAUUUGGACGAAAAGGACGAAAUUAAAAAGAAAGCCGACAAAUUGAUUAAGCAAAUCAACAGUCUAAAAGACAUGUUGGGAAAAAUCCAAAUGCCCAACAUGAAAGCAAUAGAAAAAUUACAACUGGCCUGCGGUAAAUUGCAAUCGACCAACGAGGAAUUCGAGAAUCUGCGGAGACAGAACAAAAAGGCCAAAACAGCCUUCGAACGGGUCAAACAGCAGAGAUACGACAAGUUCACGAGGUGUUUCGAUCACGUUUCGAACGAAAUCGACGGGAUUUACAAAGCUUUGGCGCAGAAUCAAUCCGCCCAGGCUUUUUUGGGCGCCGAAAACCCGGAGGAUCCCUAUUUGGACGGCAUCAAUUACAAUUGCGUGGCGCCCGGUAAACGUUUCCAACCUAUGUCGAAUCUAUCGGGAGGCGAAAAAACCGUGGCGGCCUUGGCCCUUUUGUUCGCCAUCCACAGCUAUCAACCGUCGCCGUUCUUCGUAUUGGACGAAGUCGACGCCGCCUUGGACAAUACCAACAUCAGUAAAGUGGCUAAAUACAUCAAGGAAAAGACCGAAUCGCUGCAGACGAUCGUCAUAUCGUUGAAAGAAGAGUUUUUCUCGCACGCCGACGCGCUCAUCGGGAUUUGUCCGGAAAUCGAUGCCACAGAUUGCUUGAACAGUCAAAUAAUAACGUGCGAUUUAACGAAAUGCGACCAAUUUUGA